GCCGUCGUCGUGUUUUUUGUGUGGUAAAACUGGACGACGAAAAGUGCUGGCCACCGUGCGCAUCUUAAUUAGCGUAGUGCAAAAAGUGAUUUAACUUAAAGUGAAACUCCAGCCCACCCACAGGACACGGAGAGGAAUCCUGUCCUGCUGUGCGAAAUGUGCUAGCAAUGUGUUUCUCCUUUGUGUGCUCGGAAUUGUGUCGUGCUGCGUGUGAAGAAAAUCCGUCUGCUGACCAUCAUGAAGGAUUUGUUUUUGUUUUCUCGGUCGUGCCAGUAGCACCAACAGUAGUAACUAGUAACAGAAAACCUAGUAGGCUUCAUACUCGGGCAAACAGAAAGUGGAUGUGCUAAUCGGUGGUGCCACCUCAACCAACAACCCGCCUGCCUGCUCCCGACCAUCUCGGUGGCGCUGCUGCUUGGACGAGAAGUGGAAAAGGUUCCGAUUUUGCACCGUGCCAACAGGCAGAUUCCCAGAUGACGCACAAUGUUCACCAAGAAGACGAAUAUCGAUCUGAAAAAGUCGACCCAAAAGAUUCAAGACAGCAAAAAAGAUUCGGCCGCCCGUUUAAGGCACCUCAAAACGAUACUCGAGCACGUGGACAGCGACGAAGCGAAGAAUCUGUUCGAAGCUAAUUACAGCCACGUCUACUACAUCCUCUACGAUACCUUCGUUCAGGCAGAAGCGAAUCUUAAGCAACGCGAACUAUCCUUUCACCUUGUACAUAAAACGCAUCGCGAGGAACUGGAUGGAUCGUUAUGGUUGUUGAGUAAAAUCCUAUGUCUACUGCCGGAAUUGGUACAGCGACGAUGGCAGUGCCACUCGCUUGGGCGCAUACUGGCGAAGCUGCUACACUACGGCAACAGUGUGAAGCUGCGCCGCGAAGGUGUCAAGUAUUUUCUACUCUGGUAUCAAGCCCUGGGCGACAAUGCACCGCCCUUUGUGCACGGAAUGUUCACCGAGCUGGUGCCGGGCUUGAGCGUGCCACUGCGAGGCAAGGGCCGCGAAGUGAUCGGACCGAUACCGGGUGACAGUGAGUUCAUCGCUACCGAUCUGCUUAAUCAUCCAAAUCUCAAAGGUGAACUCGGCGGCUCAGUGUUUCACGAUACGUCCGCGACGCACCCGGUCAAGUCGCCCGAAAUACAGCCUCUCAUUCCACCCAGCUCGAGCGAACGGUCGGCACCGCCGGAUCCACGCGAUGGGUUGGAAAUACUGCUCGACUGCAUGGUGCAAUCCUGCGGGUGUCUGAAAUGGCGCGAUAACAGUCCCCAGCGUCACAUCAGAACGUUCAACUUCCUGCUGACCAAGUUCCGCGAGCAGUAUCUGCCCGUGUUUUGUCCCUCGUUCGAUUACAGCACGUCGGUGUACGAGCCAAAGCUCGAUCUACCGGUCGUGCGUAACGUUUCGAAGCGUGAAGAAGUCAUGAGCUCGUGUGUGGUGGUUCUCGUUAUCUGGAUUGCAAAGUAUACACACGAACGGCACGUUAGCAGCAAACUCGAGCAGGUUCUCUCGAUCGACGAUGAACCAUCGACGGUUGGCGGGCUCGGUGGAACAGGAUCAGGAAGUGGAACUACGUCCACUGCGUCCGCUGCUGGUGGAUCAUCCGGUGUCGCAUCGGAUCAUACGAGCCUGCUAUCGAACCUACGCCACUUGGGCUACACCCAGACACAGCUGGUACGCGAUGUACUGUACUCGAGUCGAGAAACGGUUAACUUUGUGCACGAAAUCUACCGUCAAGCGUUCCUGAUGGCCUUUACCUCGAAGUCGCAAAUCGAAGCGAUGCGCAUUGCCAUCUCGGUGUACCGGGAUUGGAUGAGCAGCAUUCCACCACCGCCUUUCCUGCUAGAACCGGAGCUCGAAACACUCCCGGUUGUCGCCAGUUCCGGUGAUCCUUUGAUGCCUCCGCAGACAAUGCCACCACCGACGAUCGGUGCCGGCCGUCCCGGUAGUCAGCGAUUACGCACGGAUUCGUACCUUGGCGCGAUGAUGCCCGCAAAGGAUGGUCAGGGUUCCAUUCGAGCUGGGCUGCAGAACGUGCUACAGGUGUUUGUGACGAACGCCGUAAAUGUGUUCAUGGUCAACACGGCCCAUCUGAACAUGCACUUUCAGUCGAAGACGAACGCGGACGGUUUUGCGACACCGCUCGAUGAGCAGACGGACAUAUGCAAGCGCGUCCUCAAUAUCUAUCGCACGAUGGUGAUGAAAACGCGCAUGGAAGCGCGAACCUGGGAACAGCUGCUGCUCGUACUGCUGCAGGUGACGUCAGUAAUUCUGCAAAACUCACCACCAAACGCAAAGCGCAACAAUCUCGGUGGUCGUCUGGCGCAACCCAUCUUCCAGACUCUGAUCGUUACCUGGAUCCGAGCGCACACAAAUGUACCCGUGAAUGCUGGGCUUUGGGAUCGCUUUCUCAAGGUGCUUUCCUCGCUAACGCAUCGCGAAGAGCUGAUCGUCGAGUGGGAUAAGACGAUGCAAACGCUUACUCGGGUACUCGCUCGGCAAGUGUACAACAUCAACCUCUCGGAUCUGCCCCUGGAUCGUUUGGCGGAGCAGAAAGGAAAGCGGAAGCGUGGUACACCGUCCGGUUGGGUAGCAGCAAGUGGCGGCGCCACCGGAUCAACGGUGACAACGGCGUCGCUGGCUGGUGCGACUAUCACGGGCGCUAGUACGGCUAGUGCCGGAAUGACAGGCGCUGGUUUCAUUGCUGGCGCUACUUCCACGGACAUAAGCUUCGCGAACGGAAGCCAUGGUGGUACCGGAGCGGUUGGCGGUUCGUCAAGUGGUGCUGGCCAACGAGGUAUAAGCAAUAAAAAUAUAAUGAUCGAUGAUCAGGGAAGACCGAUCACACGGCUAUCGUCGGGCGGUCGAAGUAGCAUACCCGGAACACCGUCACUCAAUCGAAGUUACAGUGAGGGAAGCCUUUUGCUGGCGGCACCAUUCCGCAAAUCACGCGCACGUCGACGUCUUCGUAAUGGUGGUGGUCCGAGCGGAACCGUUAGUCGAGAACAUCAACAGCAAUCGUCGGCGGCCAAUGAUCACUCCUUCGUGCGAAUGUUAUCCAAUACGUCCACAUUCCUGAGCAUUAGCAGCGAGAACUUGGAAAUGGCUUCGUUCUCCGAAUGUCACGAUACCUCCAUAUUGAGUAGUGGAGGAGCUGGUGUUGCUGCUACUACUAGCAAUGGUGGUGCUGGUAUUGGCCGGCGAGCUGUUUCGCUGGAUUCUGUACGUCCGAUCUCCGGUGGAGAUGCAUCGGGAAAGAAGAGCGCCGAAGAUGAUGGCGGUAGCUAUCAUCAUCGUGGUGUAGUUGGUGGAGGAACGGGUGGAUCCCGCAGUCCUUCUCCGACGGCUUCGAGCGGAAUCGAGAGUGGUUCGAUCAAGGAUUCACCGAUGCAGCUGGCAGAUGCACUCACGGCCGACAGUUCCAGCAUCGAUACCCAGGAUGAUCCACAAUCGUUCGGAGGUUCGUCGACCUCGAUGGGUGGCAUAUCGUCGGCCGAUCGACGAUCGAUAUUAGCUGGUGGUACGGCUCGCGGAUGGUUACCGGAUGUGGCAGCCAUAAUGUGGCGCCGCAUGCUCGGUGCACUUGGCGACGUAAACAAGAUUCUCAAUCCAAAGCUGCACGCUCAGGUCUACCAGUAUUUGGUGAACAUGACGGAGAGUUUGAUAAAAAUUCGCAUGAACCAAGGCAUUACGCUCGAGGGAGGUACCGGAACGGUACCACUACCUGCACCACUCCCGGGUACGGCUAAUUUGGUGCCACCGAUUGCUUUGGUAGCUCCUUGGUGUUACGGCGCACUAGCACUCGACGCACAGUACGCUCAGGGGAAGCUGUACGCAAUGCAGCUGCUCUGUACGAUCGUGCAGAGUGGUGCCUUGCUCGGCAACGAUCAGCUACCGCUGUUCUAUCAUGCUCUUCACCAGGCACUCACCGGAGAGGAUCGUGCGAUGGCGUACACGGCGCUACGGUACCUGGGAGGGCCACGCUUCCUGAGUUUGCUUCUUCCGGGUCACACACUGUUGCUGCUCGACCUCGUGCACGCUGCUACGGUCGUCCUAACGUCGUCGGAAACGGGCCCUCACGCUCCACGGGCACAGGUGGCGGGAUUGCUGGGAUCGUUGCUUUGUUUCCCACGGACCUCGCUACCAGGGCCGGUACUGCAACCGUCCGAACCGCAUAUCGAUCUGAUGGAGUGUCCCGAUUUGCAAGAGCAUGUCCUGAACGUUGUCUUACGCUGUGCACGGCGUGAACCUACGGCAAAGGCACGGUGCAUUGCCAUUGCCUCGCUUGGCCAGUGGAUACUGCAAAAUCUGACAAAUCCAGCGCCAUCGGCAACAGGUGUGAAUAGCGAUGGACAUCGAUUUGCGCAAAAAGUUCCACACCACGUUAGCGAAGCGCAUCAACAACGAUCAUCGCAACCAGCAGUCGCGGUCAAUCCACGAAUCCGGGAAGCAUUCCAAGUGAUCCUGCAGGCACUUCAGUUUAAGCACCAUACGAUCGCUCGGCUAGCAUCGGAAACACUGAAGCUGUGUGCUGAACAGGGCCACAGAAUUGAGCAGAUCGAGCGGUUGCCACAGCUCAUCAUUGACACCGUUUGCCUGUCGCUUGACAUCCACAACGUACCGCACCCGAAGGAUACGGAUAAGACGGUACUAACGUCGCUGCUGCUUACGCUCGGUGAGCUGUGUAUGUCCUUCUCCGUCGCUACACUACAACAACCGAAGCAUCACGAUUCGACGGAACCGCUCAUACUGACCGUGUUUCGUAUUCUGUACAAAAUUGCCACCGGACUGCAGAAUGGAGAGCGCAUCAAGCUGUUCACCACUGACGAGGACUUUGACUCGAGCAUCUCGGUGGAUGAUGUGCGCGAAAGUCCGGCCGGUGAAGCGGGUGGAUAUCAGACGGCGGAAACGAUCGCCAGUUGCAAGUCAGCAAUCAGGUUGUGCGCGAAAACGGUCGCCAUGCAUCUGAUUACCAACUUGGGUCACUUUCCGAUGGGCAUCGGAGCGACGCGUCUUAGCUCGCUGGUGGACGAACAGGAUGAUCUGUUGUUGCCGCCCUCGGUUGGUUCCGCUAAUGGAGCAACAACCACGGGAACCAUGGGCGGUGUUGGUGCUGGCGGAGUGAUGCUGCUGCAGCGUGAAAACUCUAUCGCGGGCACACGUGCCACCGAUUCUAUGGAACUGGGAGCGUCACAUGUACUUUCCUCGCCGAACUUACAGCUGCUAAUGCUUAGCCCUGAGCUCGUUGCUAGCUUCAUUGAGUUACCGUCGCUACGGUUACCUGGAGGUGGAGCGACGGCAGGGCUACUCACAGCCAACCGGCAGGUACGGCUGUUACUACGAGACCUAAACGGAAAGGCCUGCUGGGAUGCAUCGAUACUGUACAAAGAGCCAUCAGUAUCGCCACCAGUUGCAGGUACCGAACGGAUAGUGGCCAAAGGUGAGGCCACGGAUCGGCACACAUUCCAUACGGCAGCUGCCGUUUCCCGGCACUAUGCACAUGUAGGCGUCGGUGUUGGUGCAGCUGGUGUUGGCGGAGGUAGUAGUGGCGGCAGUAGUGGAGGUCAAAGUCCCGUUGGAACGGCGCGCCAUUUCGCCAGUGGCAGCGCCUCGAUCGAUCCGCUUAUGUCAACGGCGAUCGGUUUACCGAUGACCCACGGUCCGCGCCACACGCUUCGUCACCGACCUGUCCAUCAGCUGCCGGUUGCAAAAGAUUUGGCACCUGAUUUGGAUCAACUGGAUGAUCUUCUACAAUAUAUCGGUUACACAAGCCCUGAAUGUUUGGAUUGUACGGAAGUACCGCUGAAUACGGCUGGACCAAGCCCAUUAGGUGCCGCUUUGGAGGCUCAAACCAUUUCAAUCAUUCUCAAUCAACGGACGAUUGAAGCCGAGGCCGUAUCGCGGCUGCACGGACAAAGUGAAACACUCAUGCUGAUGGGGAUGGGUGGUUUAUCUUCCUUCCCUGGAGCGAACGGAAGUAGCAGUGGCAGCGCCGGUGGUAGUACGAGUGGCUACGGUAGUUAUCCGAUGUCCGGCGGCAACUGCCAUUCGUACACCGAAGAAUCUCCAUCACAAGGCUAUGCAGCAGUAGGCAAUGGGACGAUUGCACGCAGUGCCGGGUUGCAUAGCAAUGAGGCAACGAUGACAACGGCAACUGCGGUUACUCCGUCGAAACCGCCAUUCCAGCUUGGACGCAUCCUGUUCAACCAACUAGGUUUGGCCGGCUGGGAGCGGCGAAAGCGUACGCAUCUGCUGCAGCGCACCGAUAAACUGUUGCGCGAGCUACGCAAUCUCGAUAAUCAAAAGUGCCGCGAAACGCACAAAAUGGCUGUGAUUUACGUUGCAAAUGGGCAGGAGGACAAGAACAGUAUUCUACGCAAUGCCUGCGGCAGCAGUACUUACGAGAUGUUCGUGUCGGCCCUUGGCUGGGAGGUAGAGCUGGAAUCACACCAUGGUUUUCUCGGUGGGCUACCGCGGCAGGGAUGUGGGCAGACUGCACCGUACUACGCGACACCAUUCCUAGAGGUGAUCUAUCAUGUUGCGACCCGUAUGCCGACCGACACGCCCGAGGCGAUACUAAACAAAACGCGUCACCUUGGCAACGAUGAGGUGCACAUCGUGUGGAGUGAACAUAAUCGUGACUAUCGGCGCGAUAUUCUGCCAACCGAGUUCUGUGACGUGCUAAUCGUCAUUUAUCCACUAAAGAGUGGUCUGUUCCGUGUGACGGUAAAUAAAAAGCCGGACGUGCCGUGGUUUGGUCCACUGUCCGACGAAAUGGUCGUGGGGGGUGCUUGUCUCGCGAGUCUGGUGCGCGCUUCGGCGAUUAACGCGAGUCGCGCCAAACGUAGCUCGCUGUCACUCUACCAACAGUAUUAUGAAGAACGUAACAGAUCGCUAGAGACGGUAGCACAACGGCAUCGGGAAAAUAGUACAUUUGAGGAGUUCACCGCGCGAGUCUUCAGUCCGAUUAUGCCGCAGAGCAUAGCAGGUGGUGCCGGUGGACCUAUCGGUGCGGGAGGACCGAUAGCUUCUGGCACAAACGCCCCAGCACCGUUAGCAGCAGCACUGAUUGAUCAUCACAGUCGCGUCCCGUCUAAAACAUGGAUACAUCACCCGGAAAUGGUAGCGACGGCUCGGGAGGUAACGCAGCAAACGCUUGCUUCCGUCUCGCUGGAUCAACCGUCCCCGAGGCCGUUGCGCAAGCUGCAUCCCUUCAAGGCCGCACCGAAGACAAAAUCACAUCCACACGCAGGUGGCGUUACAUCAUCGGGUGGACAGGGCACCACGGUUGGGUACGGUGUAACACCGUCGUCAUCAUCGGUGGGGCUCGGUAGUGGCAUCGGAGCAUCCAACAGCAACAGUACGCCACCGGAAAGUCCUACUCUUCCGGGACGCAAGGUGAAAUGAGACUGGUGGUAGCUUCGGGCUACCACCAUCGGUUUGGCAAUGCAUCAUCCGCAUUGUAGCCAACCGUCAGCAAUGAUAAACACCAAAACGACGACCGUUGCCGCUAUUAUGGCGGGAAGCAAGGACGAGGCGUAUGACAAAUUGCUACCAUCCUCCAUCAUUCCAGCACCGGUUGUUGGCCAGCGAUACGAUGUCACAGUGGUGGCUACCAUAACGGCCUGCUUCUGCGGCAAAUGAACUCUGUCGCCUUAGCUUUUGAUAACCCCAAGGUUCUUCCCUAAAAUGGUCGACGGAUGUAUGAUAGAGGGAACGUAAGGAAGGGACGAACGUAUUCGCUAUUUUUCUUCCUUUUUUUGCGGAUAACAAACUUUUAGCUUUAACAACCAUACAAAGCGCGCGUUAUAGGCAGAUUAGGAAUGACCCUACCGAAUGGGUAGGUCGGAGGAUGAGCUUCCGGCCAAGCUCGGGAACAAAUGCAUCCUUUGCGCACUGCAGAAAUGGUUACUAUACACCCAGACACAUUUAUAUAUUUAUUUAUUAACCUUAUUAACAAAAUCGAUCGCGAUUCGAUCACGGCGGGUUUGACACACCGAAUGUUUGGAAAGGUGAGAAAUCAAAAGUGCGUAGCAGCAAGUAGCGGAGGGAACUUUUGGUGGUGUGGAGUCGUCCCACACACAGUGAACGUCCAUUAGUGAAGACGUACCGCAAAGCGUAGGCAGGUACAAGUAUUUUUGUUACUAUUUUUAAUAUUUACUAUAUUACUUUUGUCGACUCUUUUACUGUUAUACAAUGAUAUAUAUGUUUCCCCCUUUUGUGGUUUACGUUUGUUUAACACCCGCAUUAACCUGAUUGUCAUAGUGAUACAACAGAACGCGAUUACCCUGUGCUCUUUUCCGUCCCCUGAGCAACCUUUAUCAUUAGUACCAGCGCUAGACCCUUAUCAGUAGUAUCCUUUGGCAAUCAAUAAGCCGAAAGUAACACCUUAAGCCUUAAUAGCUGUUAUUUCUGUCACAAGAAAAACAAAACGCCCGAACAGUAAACAGCUAGACUCCAAUGGUAUAUCCUAGAUUCACUGCAUUUCGAUGGUAGUGACGAACUGCGUCUGGUGCCUGGUGGCAACGUGGUCGAUUGCACUGGGAGGUAUUCUGCCAGCUAUAAGCUGUAGAGCCGUUGGAAGAAAACAUGAAGCAAGACUCGAACAACACUCGAAACAUGAUAAUUCGGCUAGCCCUGGACACUUACUCGUGAAGCUUAUUUGCGCCUUCUCUGCAAGUAGUAUUUAUGAAAAGUUAUAGAAUCAACAUCAGCAUAGUCGAAAAAAGCGACAACAGGCUGGUUGGCGGCAGCUAAAGCGGUAGAACAGCGUGGAUCCUUUCAUGGACACAGAAUCUUAUGUAUUUAUACAGGAACGGUUCGUUUUUUCAUUGUUUUUUUUUGUUUGUUACAUGCGUGUUCCAUUCGGUAGGGCGCAAAACUCCCCAUUCGCAUGAAGUAGAUAGGAAUGAGGUCGCAAUACGACUGACUAGCAUAAUGGCGCGCAUUCAGCGAGUUAGCCCAGCCACUGUUCCCGCUGGGGGAAGGAGGACUGAGGACAAGUUGUGCACGGUGAUAUAAUGUUACAUUUUUCCAAUGACAAAUUUUUAUAGUAUUCCAGCAAUCGCUGGCUAGCAUCGUUCGAUAGUACUUGACUCCAUUUUGUAUUUUGGAACAGAAGGCUAGGCUUGCAUCAGUCGCGUUCCUUCAGAAAACCUCGUUCAGCGUUCGCGUUCAUCGAUUACUAUGUAUGUUGCUAAGAAACGGCUUGUUUGCCGAGUGGGCAUGUGUAUGCGAAAAAGAAGGAAACCAUUUGAAGGCGAACAAAGGCAUGCUCUUUAUACGCUGCGCUGGCUACAGACAGUUAUAACACCUACAAGCCAACAUCACCACAAGCUGAAAGGAUGGAAACAGAAGGGAAAAGAUUGCACCCAAAAACACAGAUUAUUGCAGUUAAAUUGUAAAAGUACAUACAACAAUGAAACCAAAAUUGAAGCUAAAAUAAAAUGCAAACCAAAUGAACUCGAU